GAAAUUGAAAAGCUUAUGUCCCUCGCUGUCACGGGCGGGAUAUUGAUAUCCAGUCUGUAGUAGUCGUCUGGAUGGUCGCAGUAAGGAACUGGCCAAGAAGAAGACAUUGUGGUGCGCACGCCACGCUCCAUGAAAUCUGUCUUACCAUAAUUGUCCUUGCUCUUAUCAAAAUCCUGCACCACAAGAGCGAUACAGAGACAAAGGGGGAAGCCACACACUUACCUGGAUCAGGUGGUCCCACAUUCUCCAACCUGCCAGUCCACGACAGAAUUUAAUGAUGGCAGACAGCAUGAUUUACACAAACAUAAUUCUGCUGUGGUGCCUCUCAUCUAUACUUACGCCACACUUCUUCUGCUGAUUUCUGGCCGAGCGGCUUGACCUCAACGAUCUCCUCCGUCAGCAAAUAGCCCGAUUUGUUUUGGUUGUCUGGUAUGUCUCGUGCAGGAUCGCGGCCGGCCUGAAUGGCCUCAGCGUAAUCCUUGACGACCCACAGGAGGUACAAGAUGUUGCCGUUCGCAGCUCAAUUGCCUCGUGGUGUUGAAUGGCGACGCGCCCCCUCUCGAAUUUUGUGGUGUUGAACUCCCACUCAAUCUGUAUAUGUAAAGGUGUAUGUGUGCAUCUCUUUCGUCAGUGCAGUUUCCGUACCUUAUCGUUGUGAUUGACCAU